AUGGUGAUUUUCUGCUGGGUAGUUUUACGUCUGCUGCUGCCUCUUGUGCCGUCUUCCUCCGCGACCUCUUUGUACUCUAGAGACAGACAAGCAUUCGGUCUCUGUUUUGAGGAGGAUUGUAAAUCAGCUCAUUUCAGUUAUAAUCCCUUUGGAUGUCAUGGGCCUACACAGUGGCAUCUGGUGACGCCAUGUUGGCAUGAUUGUGAAGGGAAAUUCCAGUCACCGAUCAACAUUAAAACCCAAAAUACCAUUUACUGGCCGCAAACUGCGUUACAUUUUGUGAAUCUGUGUACUAGAGUACCCGGGAAAAUACGAAACAACGGUCACUCCCCCCACUUCAGCACAGAAUCACGAACUAUUUCCCUCACAAACGUACCACAACGAGGGUCAGACAGGUACGUAUUUGAGGAAAUUCAUUUCCACAUCGGUACUGAGGAAAAACGGGGAUCAGAACAUUCUAUUGAUGGAGAUUUCUAUCCAAUGGAGGCCCACGUCGUCUUUUUCAAUGAUAAGUACAAAGAUGUAGGCGUCGCUAAGGACAAAGAUGACGGACUGGUUGUCAUUGGCAUAAUGGUUGAGAUUGAUGAUGAUGAAGUUCAAGAAAGUACAAUGUUGAUGGUUUUCCUUUGCCAACAAUUGCAGACUAAGCUGGAUUUUAACAAGACAUGUCCGUGUGUUGGGAAGAGUGACGAGUGCUACAAGAGGUACUGCUUCUGUCGACUUAAAAAGGCCGAACUGAUGAGCACAUUGAUGGAGAAAUAUUUCUACACUGUCCGUCAGUACGUCCCACCCAAAAAUCAGACUAACCGUGAGUAUGUUUAUCUGACUGAGUAUAUUUCUCCACUGGACGUGCUACCCUACGACUGGAGCUUCUACAUGUAUCAUGGCUCCCUCACCACGCCUCCCUGUAGCCACCACACUCGCUGGAUCGUCAUGCGCUGUCCAAUUCGGGUCUCUCGAGAGGCCUUUGAGAUGUACAGAUUGGUUCAGGACGUACAUAACGUACCGCUCGUUAAGAAUGGACUUCGACGGCCAACACAACAUAACCGGUCACCUGUAUAUAGAAACUUUCACUGGUCAGAUGUAGGACAAGAGACGCAAUACUGCCCCGAUGAAGAAUAA